AUGGCUGUAGAAAAUGUCGCGCCGCGCUACAUUCCUACCGCGCCCCCCAGCCCGCCAGAGACUGCAAAGCACUCCCAGGCCACAAGCCUUACUGGGGAGCGGCAGAGCGCCCCUCUUGCUCUUCACUCGAAGAAGAACCUUCUCAAGAGCUAUCCCCUGCCCCCGCAGAACGGCAUCAAGUCUGUUCAGCCACAGGAUUUCAAGACUCCCGAUAGCCACGUGGAGCGGGACCCAAGACUUAUACGUCUUACGGGUGUUCAUCCGCUGAACUGUGAGGCUCCCUUGACAGAUCUCUACAAUGAGGGAUUCCUCACGUCCGAGGAUCUCCACUUUGUUCGCAACCACGGACAUGUACCUGUAUGCGAGGAUGAGGAAGUUUUGGACUGGACCUUUUCCGUUGAAGGAAUGGUCCAGCGUCCGUUUACAUUGUCUGUCCGAGAUCUCAUUGAGCGUUACGAGCAGGCGACCUAUCCUGUUACACUAGUCUGUGCAGGCAAUAGACGCAAAGAGCAAAACAUUGUCCGAAAGUCCAAGGGCUUUUCCUGGGGUCCCGCUGGACUAUCAACGGCUUUGUGGACAGGCGUUCCGAUUGCUGACCUGCUGGCUCAGGCCAAGCCCAUCCGAGGUGCUCGUUAUGUGUGUUUUGAGGGGGCCGAUAAGCUGCCCAAUGGCCACUAUGGGACUUCAGUCAAGCUCAACUGGUGUCUGAAUGCAGACAAGGGAAUCAUGGUUGCUCACAGGAUGAAUGGCCAUGCUCUUCACCCUGAUCAUGGCAAGCCCGUUCGCAUCAUUAUUCCUGGCCAAAUUGGUGGCCGAAGUGUCAAGUGGCUCAGGAGAAUCAUUGUUACUAAAGAGCCGAGUGAUAACUGGUACCACAUUUACGACAAUCGGGUUCUGCCUACCAUGAUUACACCGGAAGCGAGUGCCGAUCUCCCCAAUACAUGGAAGGACGAGAACUAUGCUAUUUACGACCUCAAUACAAACAGUGCCAUCUGCUACCCCCAGCAUGACGAGAUGGUUGCCCUUGAUGGCAAUCAAAAGACUUACAAGGUCUGCGGAUAUGCCUAUAGCGGAGGUGGAAAGCGCAUCACUCGUCUUGAAGUUACUCUGGACAAGGGUAGAAGUUGGAGACUUGCCUCGAUCAAUUACCCAGAAGACCAAUAUCGCAAUGCUCCGGACGGCGAUGAGCUGUAUGGUGGCAAGAUGGACAUGUGGUGGCGGGAAACAUGCUUCUGUUGGUGCUUCUGGGAGUUGGAUGUUCCCAUUACACAGUUGGCUGAUGCAUCUGACAUCAUGAUCCGGGCCAUGGACGAGGGUCUGAUGGCGCAGCCCCGAGACAUGUACUGGUCUGUCCUAGGCAUGAUGAAUAAUCCGUGGUAUCGGCUGGUCAUUCACAAGGAAGACCGUUUCCUUCGAUUUGAGCACCCUACCCAACCAGCCCUUAUGCCUGGUGGCUGGAUGGAGCGAGUCAAGAACGCGGGUGGCAACAUUGCCAACGGCUUCUGGGGCGAAAGCACUGGUCAAGCUGAAGAGGCAAUGGAGAUCAAGACACCUGAAGAACAAAUUUCCAUGACGAAUUCGAAAGUCAGGCGCACUAUCACUUUGGCUGAAUUAGAGCAGCAUGGCGGUGAGGAAGAACCAUGGUUCGUCGUUGAGGGCGAAGUAUAUGAUGGAACGCCGUACCUGGAUGAUCAUCCUGGCGGCGCCACUUCCAUCUUUGCGGCUGCUGCAACAGACUGCACCGAAGAGUUCCUAGCUAUUCACAGCGAAAAUGCUAAAGCCAUGAUGCCAGAUUAUCACAUUGGCACUCUUGACAAACUUGCUCGAUCUGCACUGGCUGCGAAAUCGGUCGACGCCGAAAAGGACGUUACUCGAUCCAUAUUCCUGCAACCAAAGCUGUGGAGCAAGGCACUGCUUUCCUCCAAGGUGGACGUUUCCUCCGACAGCAAGAUUUUUACUUUUACUCUGGAUCACAAGGAACAAGUGCUUGGUUUACCUGUGGGGCAGCAUGUGUUAAUGCGCCUCCGCGAUCCCGCGACUCGUGAGGCCAUUAUUCGCGCUUAUACACCGAUCUCCCAAAGCGACGCCAAGGGGACACUCGAUUUUGUGGUCAAAAUCUAUCGACCUACAUCAACACAGUCGGGUGGUAAAAUGACAGUGGCCCUUGACAGUAUUCCUGUGGGCCAUUUUGUGGAUUUCAAGGGUCCUGUUGGCAAAUUCGAAUAUGCCGGCGAUGGUUUGUGCAGAAUUUCGGGCAAGACUCGCUACGUGGAUCGCUUCAUCAUGAUUUGCGCUGGCUCUGGUGUCACUCCUAUCCUGACUGUUCUCCGCGCCGUGAUCGACAAGGAGGACGACACAACCGAGUGCACGGUCCUGAACGGCAACCGCACAGAAGAAGACAUUCUGUGUCGCCAGGAAUUAGAGACGCUAGUGAAGGGCAGCAACGGCAGGGCCCGGCUGAUGCACACACUUUCGCGGCCCAGCCAUUCCUGGAAAGGUGGCCGGGGCCGAAUGGAUCGGACGUUCUUCCAGAAGUAUGCAGGCGGGCCGGGUACGAAUGGCGAAUCCGCCAUGGUGCUGGUCUGUGGACCUAAGGCCUUGGAAGAUGCGGUCCGUGACAUUUUUACAGACAUGCGAUGGGAUGAGGAAGAUGUUCUCUUCUUCUAA